AACACCCAGUUUAGUAGAAUUUAAAAAUAAAUAUUAAGUAGAGCUGAUUCCGUACCUGAAGAUAAAUUAACUAAGUAUGCCAUGACAGUCUUGUUAAUAAACACCAAGUAGAUACUACGGCGACCCGAAACCGUAAUGUCUGUAGAACAGACCCCAAAUGAGUUAAAUAUCAUAGGUACAAGUCCAGAGAAAGAACCAAAAAAUCUUACAAUCGAAUGCUAUUUUAACUACCGUAACGUACAAACUAAUAGGUGCAAUGAAUGAUAUGGAAUAUUAUGAAACCGAUCCCCGCCACAGUCACACUGCACAGGUUUCAGGGCCACGGCCUACUAGUCUUACACUCUUACAUGGCGCUCGCUUACCUGCGAUCAUUGAAAUUUAUGUAACGGUGUGGCAUUGCAGCUCUAACAAGUUAUCAACUAAUAACUAAGACCAUUUACUAUCCUUCACACGAUAACACCAUUUAUUAAUCAACGGACUCUAUUACAUACUGUGACAGUGAGAUGCGCCCGCGCCGCGGCGCUACCGUCGUGCGCUUAUCCGACGCCAUUUUCACAGUCAGAGCUUUCCCACAACCAGAUCACCAAGCAUCCCCCGCGGCGGCAGCGUUGCGAGACACGAGUCGUGUCGCGAGCAGCGGUGCCCUUCGCACGUGCUGACACUCCCCGUGGACUGUAACCAACACACAAGAAACCCGACAUUCAGUUAACUUGAACCCAAAACACUAUUUUCCGAUGACACUUAUCCAAACAUCUGCUGAAGAGAAAAUUACCCCGAUGGACAUCCUCGGAAAGCCACAGACUAAAGACGACAGCGGAAAAUCCUUGAGACCCGUCAGAAACAGGAGAUACACACGGAGAAGUUUGGUCGCGGGUCAGAGGCCACAAAAGCGAUUGUUCACGCCAGAAAUCAAGCGAUACCUGAAAGAUUGGCUUGUCCGGCGAAGAGACAAUCCUUAUCCCAACAGAGAAGAAAAGAAACAUCUGGCCCAUGAAACCGGACUUACAUACAUUCAAAUCUGCAACUGGUUUGCAAAUUGGCGACGUAAAUUGAAAAACGUGAACGAAGAUCGCAACCAACAAACAUGGGGUCAUCUUAUACGUACGUACAAUGACCGAGCUCAAGGCAACGUCGAACAAUUCAGUAUUUGCUCCGACGAUAGCAUAUGGAGCGAAUCCGAACACACCAGUCCGCACGACUCUCUGGACAUCGAUCCAGGGUACACCGACAGCCCGGAAGCUCCAGCAGAGUAUCAGAGAGAAGAUUCCGACGCUUCCUCAGGCUCGAAGGAAAAAUACGAAGGUUUGAACAAUAAUACGUACACGGUAGACCACCAAACUGAAACUCGCGAAGAAAACAAAAACAUAACGAGUCCCCUACUACUAAGUAAAUGGUUGGAGAGCGCAGCUCGUUUCCAGCCCAGCGAGACCAACUACUCCUGGUGGGCGGAUGGGAAACGUAGAAAGCCAGAGAAGACGGAGAUUAAGGCACAUCGGAUCGCGCUGAACACCGCGAGACACGACAGGGACGAAGUAGAGGCUGCCGUGGCAUUGACCACACUGGCGAGUGCCACUAGCCGCAUUACAGCUCUCUAAGUCAAGUGUUGCUACAUUUUCAAUCUAUUUUUAUUGCGCCUGUACUCUAUAUUAAAAUUAUCAUGUUAAUUAACUUACUAUAAUGUUAAGUAUGAAUAAUAUUAUCAUGUUUGUUCCCAAUAUGACAAUAUCCAUAAAGUUAUCUUUGUAAGCAACUGUGGAACAAGUCUCUUAGUAGACUGGAUAUUUAAGUACAUUUUAUUUUACUGAUGUAAACAUGUCUACCAAAAAGUAAUCUAUGUAUUUAAGAAUUGAAACAUUUGUGCCUUAGUUUAGUAAAUAAAAUUUACUUACUACAUCCCCAAACAAUGUUGCUCAAGUAUUAUUUAAAUAUAAGGUGUUUUAGUAUGUAAUAAUAAAUCUCUGAUUGUAAUUAUUUGAUCUCCAUUAGUUUA